UGUGUUACUUGCUAGUCUCUGAGUUGUUCGAACGCGAUUUUGUUGUAAUAUCAGCUGAUUAUAAUGCAUUUUUAUAAUAAUUAAAUUUAAUUGUAUCAUAGUUUUAUUAUAAUUUCGCCAACAUGUAGUGAUUAGUAUUCUGUUUCGUUUACUUACCAUUCGAUCGUUUCGUUUCGCGAUAAAUCCUUUCAAAGUAAUUUUUCUUUUCGACUCGUUGUUCUGUUCAUUUUACGCAGUAAUGUAUCAUUGUGAUGAACUGAUACCAUCACUUGUGUGUCUUCUCAAAUCAACUACAUAAAAACCAACCCGAAAGCAACAAAGAUGUAUUGACCAAUAACCAAAAUAAAUGUCAACUCCGGUCGUUGAUAAGUCAGAUAAACAACACGUGAAGGCCGCCGCUUAUAUGCAUCCCAUCAAUCCAAGGGAUAAGAUGUUAUACAUUUUUUACGUAGAUAUUGCCAAAUGCUAUACCCUCGACAUCAAUCUCAUCAACGAAACCAUAUUGCAUCUGAAACAUGUACUGGAGAAAAACUACGAUAUUCCGGUGACCAAGCAAGUGCUGCUGAUAAAUGGUGGAGAGUGUUUGGCCGAUGAUACGAAAAUUUGUUUCUAUCCUGCCGGAACGGACACAAAUCCUAUAUUUUUGUUCAAUCGCGCCUUCCUCGAAUCUUCCAGCGUACAGUGCUAUAUACCGGAUUUAAAAAAUAAUGUUACGAUCGAUAAUGAACUCAAUCAGCUCUUCGACAGUAUUGAAAAUUUAUCAGCUCCGGUAUCCCUUUAUACCAUCGAGAAAGGAUCCCAGCUGGCGAAAAAAUAUGUCGAGCAGGCCACCGAGGCGAAGAUGUUAUGCGAUAAAAUCAACACCGAUCAGUUAUUGCAACAUCAAGGUUUCUCGGCGGCUUUGGCAAAUUUGGACGAUGUAUUACGCACAUUCGAAGGGCAACUGGCGGCUUUCGACUCCUCGUACAAUAAAUACCUGGAAACUAGAGCAAAAAAUAUAGAUCUGAUUGACAGGUUCUCGGAAGAUCUAGCCUUGUUAUCAAAAAUACCAAUUUUACCAGCCCUACUCGAUGGCAACGAAGAAGAACGUGCCAGAAUGGAGACAUGUUGCGAUAAGUCCAAAACCAACGAUGUCUCUUUACUGGAAUGGAUCUCGGCCAAAGACCCCGAGCAAAGUUUGGAGAAUACGGUCGAGAUGAGUAGAGCUGCAUUGGCAAGGUACGACGAACACGCUUUGGUCUCGUUGAAAGAUGACAUCAAUACGUUAAUUAGCGCCGACGAAUUAUCCAGCGUACGUAACGUCAGCGAAAUAGUCGAAAAAUUAAUGAACCUGCAACAGAUUUGCCAGCGUAUUAAAGACUUGUUCAACGAUCAGAUGAGUAAAUCAGAUGGCAUACAACAUAACCAUAGACGUAUUUCGGAUUUGAGAGAUGAUUCGAUACUGCCAGAUUUGAUAGCGGCGCAUCGAGACACGCUGCGUGCGAUGAAGGCGAACCAUACCAAUGUACGGAAUUGUAGAUUUAUGUGUCUGCAAACUAAAAAGGAACUCUGUGAUAUUAUCCAUAAGAAAUUGAAGGCUGUGAUGACUAUUCAAGAACGAGCUGCUGAAAUACGCUCAAUGUUAUUACUACAUGGUGCGAAUAUGAAACGCGUUCGUCAAUAUGUCGAAGUGGUGCAACAGUUACAUUCGACGCCUAAAAAUUAUUUCUCGGCUGUGUCCGAAGUUGUCAGACGUCGAUCGUAUUCUCAGGCUUUUUUAAUGUGGGCAAGCGACCUGGCUUGUAAAAUAUUCACUAUUUAUAGCGAAGAAACCGAACGGAGGAAAAAAUUCAUGGCUCAGUUCGAAGGCCAUUUUCUAGAAUGCCUGUUCCCCGGAUUGAAAGACAUGCCGUCGAAUUUUGCCACCCAGUCGCCUCCUAUAUUCGAUAAUAAUUUACCAGCGCUUUGCGAAGAUGACCUGAAACAGUUAUGUCAACAUUUACCAGACCUAGAAGAAUGCGUUCAAUUACCGGACGUCGACUCCAUUCGUAAUUUCUUCCUGUCCAAGUCUUUAACGUUGAGCGAAAUCGAAGACGAGGGCGCACCCAAACAGAAAACCAACGAUGACGAUCGAUUAGCUGUUGUUAUGUCUUCGUCGUCGAACGCGUCCAAAACUCAAGAUUUAGUGGUGGCUAUGUCGUACGAAGACAGCAGCACCAGAGAGAAAAAAGAUGAUCUGGAGAAGGAGUCGGAUCGAGUUAAACACGAGAACGACAUGAAAACCAUGAGAGACGGUAUGGCCGUUUUAGGAACCGUCGCUCACAACACAGUGAUCUCAUUACGAAAUGACUUGUCCGCUUUACGAAGCUGGGUUUAUUCUCACCAGUCCGAAAUCAUCGCCGUUAUGCAAAAACUAUAUAGCGAAUCACAACAACAACAGAGUCACAUACACACGCUUCUACAAAAAUUACACCAGAAAGACGACAAGAUAAAAUCGCUCUAUUUCAAAAUAUCCACCAUCGAAACAGAAAAAAUGGACGAAGAAAGCGAAGAAGAAAAGUUCGAGAAACGAGUCAACGAAGUAGUCGCUCAGCAGAAAGCGCAAAUCAUCAAAGAAAUUACCGAAGAACUGACCAUCAAACAUAAAAAAGAAAUGGAAGCUUUACGUCAACGUUUCAAACUAAUGACUUGUACGAACAUGGAGCGCAGCCCAAGUGACACGAGUUUGGAGAAAAUCGAGGUACGGCGUGGCGAUAUCAUCGAAUAUGGCGCACACGAAGCUGCAAUUAGUCAACUUAAACAAGAUAUGCAACAGCAAUUGAAUCAAGCCAUUGCCAACGAGAGAUACGCUUAUGAAUCGAAACUCGAAGAAGAAAUGCGUCAAAUUAACUCGCAAUUUAAAACGGAGAAAGAGUCUUUGGAAGAAUCGAUCCGCAGACCAUUGGUGGAAGAAUUCGAUAAACAGCUGGAUAUGAUGAAAGUUAGAGAAACAUCUUUGUUAUCCGAGUUGCAGCGUCAUAAAGAAACCAUCCAUACGUUGACUGGUCAUGAAGGAGGUAGCUAUUCGUUGAUAAACCGCAUUGAAGAACUGGAAAGAGAGAAAACUCGUUUAGAAACUGAAUUGAUCAAAGAACGAACCUCCAAGUAUUCAUUCGGCUCUCAAACAUCGUUCAACACAGAUUCGUGCAGUUCGACCAGUCUAACCAGCACUAGUAGCAGUCCUGAUAUGCAACAGGGAAGAACCAGGUUCAAGGAAAGGAUUGCUUAUAAAAAGGGCGCUGGAGUGGGAUCACAUCGCUCAUCGCAAAGCAUUAAGAGUCGCGGAUCUUCAUCAUACCUUGUACCUGAAAGGAUCUCAAUUCAGACGAAAUCACUUUGUUUGUUUUAUUCAAGAUGCAACGUUGGAGAUCCUGUGUUAGUUGUUUGGGAUGAGAUCCAGAGGAACUAUACGAUUUUACAGAAUUCAAACACCCAUUACUUCUUGCAUCCUUCUUCGAUCGAUAAACUUGGUUUAAGACCAGCUUCAGAUGGAUCUCCUAGAAAACUGUAUUGCCCAGCUGAAGUCGUUGAAAAAGAAUACUGCGCUCCUAAGAAGACAACCAAUCGAUACAACCUAAAAGAAGGAGAACGAUUUUACCGUGUCAAAGUUCGACCUUUGGCUACUGAAAGAACCUUGUAAAAUGGACUCGCCGUUUAAUCAGAACAGCAACAGACUUGACCGCAUUAUCUGUGAUGAGUGCACGAGUUUCUGUUGAGAAAAAUUUCAAAAAAAACCAACAAUUCAGUAACAAAACCAACGCGUCUUUUGGUGGCUCCCUUUGUUUAAAUUAUUUUCUCAUCGAUACACAAUAAUCUAUAAUAACAAACACAAUAUACCCCCUUUUUUUUUAUCAAUUUAAGAUGUGAAUAUGAAGAUUCUUUUUUCUUUUUUUUUUUAUAUAAAUACGUAGUCAUUUUUCGCUUAAAUGUAGCCAUAUUUUGGCGUAUUUUUUUUUGGUUUUCAAUUUUGAUUUAGCUUUCGCGUUUAAUUUACCUUUUUUUCACUAAAACUCGCGUUUUCUUUUCCUUUUUUUUUGUCUCUGUAUAAGCGAAUAGAUUUAAGACGUAGUUUUUAAUAAUUUAGAGUUUACAUUCCUACGAAGUUUGUGUGUUUUUACGUUAUGUCAUAUAAUAUAAUACGUGUACCUUUUUUUUUUCGUUUUUUUGACCUGUGUGUUUGUGUAAUUAUACAAUAAGUACUGAACUAGGAUUUAGAGCUACGAGGGUUUUAGAGGCUUUGGCGAAACAUAUUUUAUCAAGGACUGCCAAGCUAAUUGUGUCUUUCUUGGGGGAUAAUUUUUGUUUUCAGCUGCUGUGAACGAGCAGUUGUAAAAUUUUUUUACGUAUUUUUACUCGUCGUCGUACUAUAGCCAUUUGUUCGUGCCCUUUUCCUUUUUUACGUUUGCUUAGAAUUAAGUUUUGUCGUCUGUGUGUGUGGACGUUUAUAAAAAUUUUGAUACGUUUUUUGCACUUUACAAUAUUAAGUAUCUUAAAAAAAACUAAUUCCUUGAUAAAACAAUAUGUUUAACCGCGUCUUCUUGUAUUUUUUCUUUUGCUAUACGCAUACGCUUAUGUAUAAUGAGUCGCUGUACGUGUUUUGGAUUAUUAUUUUUUUUUCUCUUUUGUUUCUUCAUUAUAUUUAUAGCGUAGGUAUCCUAGUUCGUAUUGUUUUUUUUUUCUCAUUUGACAUUAUUCUAUCGUAUAUAGAUGUUUGAUUACUAUAUUCCUAUUUUAAAUUUUUGCUCUUGAUCUUUUAAAAUUUGGUUCACUGUGUAGAGAAUUUUAUAUAUGUUGAGAAUUGUAUAGUACAAAAUAAAUAUACUUUUUCAGUUUG